CGCCCCGGCCCCGGCCCCGCUCCCCGCCCGGCGGCACCAUGGCGGCAGCGCACCGGGCGGCGCGACUGGCCGCCGCCUGCCUCCGCACGCCCCGCGACCCGCGCACCCGGGCGCCCGCCGCGCUCUACGAGCGGGGGCCGCCGCCCGCCGCCGCCCAGCAGGAUGGUUCUGAUUUGGAUUCAAAUACUGACGAAGAGCAGACAUUCUUUGUAAAUGGGGAUUGUGAAGACCAGAUAGACUUUUCCAAAAUGUGCAAUUCAAAUCAGGAAUAUUACUUGAAGCUAGAAGAACUGAAGAAUGCCCACUUGGAGACCAUGACAAAAUUAGAAAGUAUGUAUCGGAAUAAGCUACGCUUAAAAGGAGUACAAUCUUUGGACAAAAAAGAUGCUGCUUCUAAUAUAUGUUAUAGGUCAACUUGGAAGAAGAGCUCAUACCAGCCUCUAAAUUUGCACAGAUCUUUUUCUGAAUCUGACUUAAAUGAUCUCGUAGGUUCAAGUAUAUCUGAUGGGUCUGACAGAGAAUUAGCAUUUGAAGAAAAUGGUAGCGAAACUGGGUCAUCGGCAUUUGCAAAGCAACAGAUUGAAAAAAUGUGGGACGAUUUCUCUGUGGAAGACUAUAUCCCCCGCACCGAACAUAGCUUACCAAGCUCACCAGUGUUCAGAAAGAUGAGGAAGAAGCAGAAGGCAUGGUCCCCAAAAGUUACUGUGCCCAAGCCUUUCCAGAUGACUAUUAGAGAAGCCAGGAAAAAAGAACAGAAUGUCAAAUCAAAGUCACAGCUUGAAAUGGAAAAUAACUUACUGAAGAAGCGACUAGAGGAAGAAGCAGAGUGUCAAAAAAAGUUCCGAGCCAACCCAGUGCCAGCAUCCGUCUUCCUUCCACUCUACCAUGAAAUCGUGGAACAGAACGAAGAACGCAGGAAAUCUGUGAAAGAGAGAAGCAAACUUAUGCUUUUGGCUUCUCAGAAGCCAUUUAAAUUCAUCGAAAGAGAGAAGCAAAGGCAUGAAAUUAGGAAAAUGCAAGUAAGAGACCUUUCUGCACCUGAAAAGAAAACAAAACUGUUCAAAGCAAAACCAGUUCCUAAGUGUGUUUACAGUCCAGCUGUUAAUGACAAGUUAAAGGAGGAAGAGCUUUACAGAGAAAUAAGGAUCAAAAUGAGAGCUGAGGAGCUGCUACGUAAUUCAUCUCUACCAAGCAGCAGACUGGCUAUUAAAGACAUCAAUAAAAAAAAGAAACACAAGUGCAUGGAACCAAAGAAAAUAGAACAUAAACCCAACAUUAAAUCAAACGUUCCAAAUUUUGAAAUACUAUACCAAAAAUUUCAGAAACAGCUCCUGCAACAAAAACAAGUGAAACACAUUACAGUCUGCGAACCUUUUGAUCUCCGUACUCCAUAUAUUCCCUCAAACAAAGGGAAGAUUUUGAAGGACAUUCAAGAGGAUGAAGAAAAGUUGAAAGAAACACGCUGGCCAUAUGCCUCUCCAAGACAUAAACCUCAAAUGAGACAUUCAAGUGCAAAUUCACUUCUCUCAAGAUCUGGAGAAUCUAAAUCACCAAAAAUCACCGAAUCCACAAAAAGACGGCUACAAGCCAUAAGGAAUUCACUUGAGGAAAAGAGAAAACUGGAAGAAGAACAAAAAAGGAACAGAACAAAGCAGAAACAAAGAGCGAAAAAACUGCAGAAAAUUGUAACAACCCGGGCUGAGGCCAAUGACCCACAUCAGAGCCUAGCUCAGAUGUCUAAAUCCAAAUUAAAAACAUUCAGGAAUUAUGAGAAGCAGAGAAUGCAAGAGUAUUUGCAAGAAUUACAAGAAAUGGAAGAACGAGUAAACCAAAGGCCAUUGCUUUUGGAAAGGGCCACUCAGAAAAAUGCGAGAAUAGCUGCAGAGAAGCAUUAUUCUAACACUCUGAGAGAACUUGGGAUAUGCACAGAGUUUGUUUCAAGGAAAGGGCAAACAGCUAGCUUACUAGAACACUCCAAUGCUGAAGAUUUGAAAACCUCCACUGAUGCUAAAAAAAGACUCAGCAAGGAUGAAGUCAAAGGAAGGAAAUCCUUUGAGGAAGCAGCAGACAGCAGUCCCCAGUCUGAGCAGUCCUGGGAGAAGGAGAAGAGAAAAGCAGUCAGAGCCUCCACCCAGGAUGACCACUCCAGUGAGGAGGAGGAGGAGGCAAGAGCCAGCCUUCAUGCUCAUCAGCUUUGCCACACAGGGGAGGCCAGUGCCAGCCCCCACUCUGACCACUGCUACGAAGAGGAGGAGGAGGAGGAGGAGGGAGCAAGGGCGGGCCUGCUGCUUGGCUCUUGCUACAAGGAGGACAAGGACAAGCAUGGGGAAAGAUCCAGCUGUCAGUCUGACCAUGCCGGUGAGCAGGAAGAACAGGGUCAGUCUGAUCCUGAGGCUCAGGAUGCCUUCAGAUACGAUGAUGAGGAAUAUGAAAAUGAUUCAGAAGAGAAAACCAGUGAUGAUGGUGACUGAAAGGAAGGCAGACAGGAAGGCUGGGGCUCAAAAACACACUUCAUUGCUGGCAGUGAAAUAGAUAACAAAGGAAAACAUGGGUUUCUGCUAAUGACACAAAGUUUUGCAAAUUUAAAGCUCUUAACCUACAGUCUUUCCAGCACAGAACUGGUGCCUAUUUUCCAGUAAUAAGGAUCAAGUUUUUCAUUUCCAUCAAAAAAAUUCUUCCAUUACUUUUAUAUUUACCUUUUUUAUUCUAGAGUUUCAUGACAUUAAUAUACCUCUGUUCAUAAAAUGAACAGCAACCACUGUUUAAAAAUAAUGUCUCACAUACUGUAAGUACUGAGGUUUUAACAUGUCCAGCUCUUUCUGCAUGCUGGCAAACACAGAUGAGAUGUCAAUGGAAUAAUUUGCCUCCCCAUCUCAAAUAUUUCAGUACUUUUGUGAUAUGUUCCUGUAAUACCUUCUACCAUGGCAAUGAAAUGACAGGAGGAGUUCUCAUCUAAGAGCUCUUGAGUGUUAUUGGUAGAGCAGGCACAAGGAGAACAACUUCUUGUGUAGUCAGGGGAAAAAAAAAAUAAAAAAGAAAGACUAAAUUAGUCUGUUCACUUCCUCUCUCCACUUCUAAUCCAUGGGGUUUGGCUUCUGCCUCUUUAAAUCAGACAAACUGGCUCAGUGAUGGGUCAGAUGAAUGCCAGCACCAGAAGAGAAGAGGGAUUGCUGCUCUUCCAGGAAGCAAGCUGUUAGAUCAACUAGACUAUUUUGUCUAGCUAAAAUAUUAACAGUAUCUCAGUUGCUAAGGGCACUCCCUACAGAACAGAAAUAAAAUGUCCAGAGUACUGAGAGGAAUCCCUUAAACUUCCACAGAGCUUUUUAAUGCUUAGAAAUGAGUGAGGUAGGAAAAGUCAAUAGGACUUACUCUUAUCUUUAAAAAGAUAUGCUAUAUGCUGCAGAUUUUAUAUUAGCAUCUAACCAAGCUCCAAAAUUGUGUUUUAACUCCAUUUCAUUUUGAAGAGCUCUUCCCAUGAUCAUGUAAAAUAAUUCUUUAUAAUGUAAUGACAAAUACUGGCAUUAAUUUUCAAAUUUCUUUAUUGAGACAGUUACAUACUGUAAAAAGAGGAAAUUAUUAUAACAGGAUAAAAGUGCAACCAGCAACUCUAAUUAUUUGCAUAAAAGUAUGGUAAGGAAGAGUUUUACUUUUCCUCCACAUACUUGCUACUCCGAACUGCAGCUACUACACAACAAAAAAUGCAAACAGAGGCUUUUUUGGUCCUAUUCCUAGCUUGCCUGCUAACCAUGUCAUAUCCAAUAUUAAGAGAGGAAAAUAAAAGAAGGUAUCUACAUAGUAACAGAUCACUGUUAAGGAUUUCAAACAAGUUUUGUGGGCUUAGUAGACAACAGAGUAAAAUGUUACAUUGCACAGGGACUCACAACAUAUUCAGUGAAUAGUAGAAAACACUAUAUUUGUUAAAACUACCAAGUUUACAAAGGCAUCUGAAGUGAUUUUUUUUAAUCUCCUUCCACACCAUAUGCAAGAGCACCAACUAUACCUGUUACUAUUCAUGUUCCUCCAGACUUUGAGGAAUUGUGUACCACUGCUUGGAAGUUUAUCACUUUUUUAUUUUUGAAGUGUAUAACGAUUAAUACCAGUUUUAAACUUUAAUUUUGUAUUUAAAUAAAAUAUCCCUUGUAUAUGUA